GUGAGUUGGUUGCUUCUAAGACCUUCAGUGUCUUCUUCCAUAAAAUGGAGCCGUUAAGACUCCUGGCCUCUGUCCUGCUGCCGUUGACCACGUGGUGUGUGGGGGGGUCACCUCAGGUGGUUGAAGGUGUCUCCAGGCCCAGGGUCCGGGCUUUGGGGACAGGCCUGGGUCUGGUCUUCACUCUGCCUUUCCCCUCCCGCAGCUCUGCCUGCCCAGGAACCUGCUUUUUCCCGAGAGGAGAGGAGACGAUGGCUGCUGGGUGCCUGCCCCCCCAGCCCCAGGAGUUGGUGACUUUCCAGGACGUGGCCGUGGACUUCUCCCAGGAGGAGUGGGAGCUGCUGGCCCCUGCUCAGAGGACGCUCUACAGGGAGGUCAUGCUGGAGACCUGCAGGAACCUGGCCUCCCUGGAAGCCUUGAAGAACCAGACUAUUGAUACGGGCAUGGAGGAUGGUACAUUUUCCCCAGCACAAACCUCUCAACUCACCAGUCUUUCCCCAUGGACAGGGUAUUCACUCUUUCGACCAGCAGUGUCUUUCCACUUGGAGCAAAGAGAAGCCAUGUGGAUGGGGGAAAAAGGAAUUCCCCAGCCUGCUUGUUCAGAUUGGGAGAAUAGACUGAAAAACCAUGAGUCAAUUUACAAGAAGGUGGUUUGGCGGGAAGAACCACCCGGUGGUAUGAACAUCAUAAAUCUCCCCAGAGAAGACUGGGGAUGUGGUGAACUUCAGAAGAACCGUGAAGACCCCCGGAGGCUUUUGAGGCAAAUGGCGUGCAUCCACGUAAAGGCUUUUGCUCAGGAGAAUGCUACUGCCUGGUGUGAAUUUGGGGAAAACUGUAAUCUGAGCUCAGACCUUGUUUUAUCACAGGGAGAUUCUAUAGGAAAACAUUUCCGUGACUGUGACCUAGAUAUUGAGAAUUGGGUAGCUGAUCCCUUCUUAAACCAUCAUCAGAUGGGCUAUACAGACCAGAGACCCUGUGAAAGUGACGAAUGUGGAAAAGACCUCGGCCAAAAUGGUCCCCUUAUUCAACACAAAAGCACUCAACCAGGGGAGAAAACGUCUGCAUAUGCGGAAAGUGGGAAGUCAUUUAAUCGUGAUAUGGCUCUCGUGAUACACAACAAAAUGAACACAGCGGAGAAGCCCUUCGAAUGUCACCAGUGUGGGAAAGUGUUUAACCGGAGGCAUUCCCUGAGUGAGCACCAGAGAAUUCAUACAGGAGAGAGACCAUACGAGUGUCAGGAGUGUGGAAGAGCCUUCACGCACAGCUCCACCCUCACCCGACACCUGAGAACUCACACUGGAGAGAAGCCCUACGCGUGUGGGGAGUGUGGGAAAGCCUUUAACAGGAUUUCGUCUCUUACCCAACAUCAGAGGAUUCACACGGGGGAAAAGCCUUAUAUGUGCAAAGACUGUGGGAAAUCCUUCUGCCAGAGUUCUUACCUGAUCCUGCACAAGAGAACGCAUACGGGCGAGAAGCCCUACGAGUGUAACAAAUGUGGAAAGGCCUUCAGUGACCGUUCGUCUCUUAACCAGCACGAGCGAACUCACACGGGUGAGAACCCCUACGAGUGUCAUCAGUGUGGAAGGGCCUUCAGCCAGAGGUCUUCCCUGGUGAGGCAUGAGAGAACUCACACUGGAGAGAAGCCAUAUAGCUGUAAUGAGUGUGGAAAAGCCUUCAGCCAGAGCUCGUCUCUUAUCACCCAUCAGAAGACUCACACUAGUCAGAAAACCUACAAGAUAAUUGACUGUGGGAAAGCUUUCUAUCAGAGCAGCCACCUUCUUGGAUUUUAGAGCUUGCUUGCUGCCCUUUAAAGUGCCUUUUGGCACUCUACCACGUAAAUAUUUUUAGACUUUGCCCUUCUGGUGUACUACUGAAAAGAAGAAGGUUUAUGCCACAUUCUUGAAGGAAAGCACUGAGGUCCAGAUCUGAGAAGGGGCCAUUUAAUGAGGGAAAAUGCCACUGAGCUGUACCCAAUGAGCUCCAUUCUCUUGGAAAAGAUUGGUAAAUGGGAACACUAACAUGGAAUGGGAUUGUGCUAAGAAUUAUCACGUUAAUUUAGUUGUUGAGACAAAAGGUAUUCUGUUGCAACUUUUUGUUUCAAAAAUCAAUAUUUUUGUUUCAAUAAUCUGUGUCAAUAGUUUACUUAAUCAUUCCACCCCUGUUGGUUGCUUAGCUAGGUCCUGACUUGUCUCAUGCACUACUAUGGCUAUGAGAGCGUACACGAAGACAGAAGCACCUUGGAUGCACGGUGAAAACUAAAGAGUGCAAAAUAGUGUGUGUAAUUUUAUCCAGUGAAGUAAAAAUAUCUACACAAAUGGACAAGGCUGGACAGAGAUGUGGAGAAAUGAACAGAGUUUAUCUGUCAGGGUUAUCUGGUUAUGUGUGAUUUUCUGCAUUUUGCCAUUUUGUUGGGUGUUGCUAUAAUCAUUCUGACAGUAAUUAAAAAUCAAACAACCCCAGGGGAUUUCGAGUUUCAUUGAUCAAUGAGGGAGGAUUGUGGGUACCAAGAU